GUGUGGAGUUUUGAUACCAGCACAUUGAUUUAAAACUGUCAACAAAGAUGGGGUUUCUAAGCAGUUUUAACUUCCUAGAGAUGCAGAUUCGACGAUCAUCUGGGUUUAACAAGUUUCCAACAAUGAAGGUUCAACCAUUUGGUGUCAGUGGUAACAUGAUGUUGGCUGUUGGAUUUAGCUGCUUAGUGGUUUCUACAUUCACUCUGCAAAAAUCUGGAUACCUCAUUCCUCACACAACAGGCGUGGGCUUCAACUACAAAAAAGUUGACAUUGAUUUGACAACACCGAUAAAAUACCAAGACAACGAGUAACACCGGAUAUUUUCGUGUUUUUUUUCUGUUUUAAUUUUCCACUGUUUAGAUUUGUAUAGGCCUACAAUGUUAAAAAUUUUCAGGGUAUAUUUUCUGCUCAAAGCUGUAACCUAUGUACUGUACACAAAUGUAGUAGUUUAUGUUUGUUUUUCUGUUUCUGCUAAAUUCAAUUUAUAAUUUAUUUUGUUAGACUCUUAUUCCAAAGAACCAGUCUUGCUGAAAAACUAAUGGAUUAAUUGUUAUGGAAUAUAGUUGUGAUAAAAAUGUCCAACACAAAUCCUGCUGAAGAUGAAAACCAAUUAAAUGAUGUUGAUAACGAAGAUGCCUGGAUGCUUAGUGAAGAUGUGGAACUGGUACUAAAAUCUUGUGAGCAGAAAACAGAGAACAAAGUUACUCUCUCGAAAUGUGGAGUCAGUGUGGCAACUGAUGAGAAGGAAAAUAUUGAUUUAAAUAACAUAGGUGGUGGUUUGGGAACACCAGUUAAAACUGAAGCUUUAGACUUGCAUGUGAAGAUGGCAAGCCUUCGAGAACAACAUAGAAGAAAUGAAGAGCGUUUGGCAAAACUAAAGAGGCUGAAGUCUUAUAAAGACAAGAACAAUCUUCAAACACUUGAAAGUCUUAUCAUUAAGUGGAGAAAGGUUUGCCAAGAAGCGCUGGGUGAACUCAUCGAGUUUACCCCAAAGGAACCAAAGCCAACUAUGUUUCAAUUGCUUCAUCAUUUAUCUAUUGAUACUGAAUUAGUUAAUUUUGAUACCAAGAAACUAGAAUUUAUCAAAUAGGACCCUUUGUUAUUUAUUUUAUCAGUGUAGUGCAAAACUUUUCUUGUUUUAUGAGUUAUUAUAUUAUCCCUUCAUACUAUCACAUGCUGUUGACUAAUUUUACUACAAAAGUAGUUACUAUUUCUUGAACACCAUUGCUUGAAUGCAGCUUGAUCACAAUUGUAAAC